AUGAUUCUGUCGAAGACAGUUGUUGCUUUUUGGGCACUCUCGUUGAUAGCUUUAGAACCAGUGUCAGCCAUGCAUGGCAACAAAGGAAGCACACAAUGCCUUCGCGAAUGCGCAGCCGCCCAAAAGGAGUUUGCAGCCAUGCGGGGUGCACGUCUGCUCUUGUGUUCUUGCGGCUCUCCAUUUCUUCAAAUGGCUGAUGACUGUGCCGCGUGUCUGAUAUAUCAAGACGUUUGGAAAUACUUGACCCCUUGGGUCGCUUUGAUAGCGUACUGUAAUCCACGGCGUGAUGAGUGCGGGGAUCUAGAAGCGAGAAUGCUACCUCUCAUGGAUGGACCCGAAUGA